AUGGAAUCUGAUAUGGAUGCUUUGCUGGCUCAGGCCGCGGCUCAGCGCGGAGGAGGAGGCGGUGAAUUGCAGGUACCGGACAAUGGCGAGAUGUUGAAGCACGGCCGUGCGGGUGUGCCGAUGGAAGUCAUGGGCCUCAUGCUCGGGGAGUUCGUGGACGAGUACACAGUGCAGGUCAUCGACGUUUUCGCCAUGCCUCAGUCAGGGACGACCGUCUCUGUCGAGUCUGUCGAUCACGUAUUCCAACAGAAGAUGGUGGACAUGCUCAAGCAGACGGGGAGGUCAGAGAUGGUCGUGGGAUGGUACCAUUCGCAUCCGGGCUUCGGCUGUUGGCUCUCAAGCGUCGAUAUCAACACGCAACAGUCGUUUGAGCAACUGGAUCGCCGCUCAGUAGCCGUGGUCGUCGACCCCAUUCAGUCCGUGAAGGGCAAGGUGGUGAUUGACGCGUUCAGGCUUAUCAACCCCGCAAUGGUCCUUCAAGGACUGGAGCCCAGGCAGACGACCUCCAACAUCGGCCACAUUAACAAGCCCUCAAUCCAGGCGCUCAUUCACGGGCUCAACCGUCACUACUACUCGAUCGUUGUGAACUACCGGAAAACGGAGCUGGAGCAGGCAAUGCUCAUGAACCUUCACAAGCGGAAUUGGACAGAAGGUCUCACACUGCGUGACUUCAAUGGCCACAAGGAGUCAAACGAGAAGUCCAUCAAGUCCAUGUUGGCAUUGUCGGAAGCGUACAACAAAUCUGUCCAGGAGGAAUCGACGCUCUCGGCGGACCAGUUGAAGACGCGACACGUGGGCAAGCAGGAUCCGAAGCGGCAUCUGGAGGAGGAGGUGGAGCGAGCAAUAGGAGAUCAGGUGGUCCAAAACCUGGGCACAAUGUUGCUCGCGGAACUGUAA